AUGAUUACAAGCAUCACAGCAAGCCAUGAGCCAGUGCGGCUGAUGCUGAUAAGCACCACAGUAAGCCAUGAGCCAGUGCAGCUGAUGCUGACAAGCAUCAAAACCAGCCAUGAGCGAGUGCAGCUGACGCUUAUAAGCAUCACACAAGCGCAGCUGACGCUGAUAAGAGUCAAAACAAGCCAAGAGCCAGUGAGGCUGACGCUGAUAAGCAUCAAAACAAGCCAUGCACCAGUGCGGCUGAUGCUGAUGGGGAUCAAAACAAGCCAUGAGCCAUUGCGGCUGACGCUGAUAAUCAUCAAAACAAGCCAUGAGCCAGUGGGGCUGACGCUGAUAAGCGUCAAAACAAGCCAUGAACCACUGCGGCUGACGCUGAUGAGCUUCAGAACAAGCCAAGAGCCAGUAUGGCUGACACUUAUAAGCAUCACAGCAAGCCAUAAGACCAUGCGACUGAUGCUUAUGAGCAUCAAAACAAGCCACGAGCCAGUUCGGCUGACGCUGAUAAGCAUCAAAACAAGCCACAAGCCAGUGUGGCUGACGCUUAUAAGCAUCACAGCAAGGCAUGAGCCAGUGCAGCUGAUGCUGAUGUGGAUCAAAACAUGCCACGAGCCAGUGCGGCUGAUGCUGAUAUGUGUCAAAACAACCCACGAGCCCAUGUGGCUUACACAGAUAAGCGUCAAAACAAGCCAAGAGUCAUUGCAGCUAACACUGAUAAGCAUCAAAACAAUCCAUGAGCCAUUGCAGCUGACACUGAUAAGUGUCAAAACAAGCCAUGAGGCAAUAUGGCUGACACUGAUAAGCGUCAAAGAAAGCCAUUAA